GUCACGCGUGCAUCUUUAGGGAGCAACUACAACAAAAGGCUGAGGCGAAUUUUUUUUAGCAGCCGAGCGGAGCGUUUGGUAUCAGCGUUUACACCUGUGUGGCCUUCAAUCGCUCGCACCUGCGCCUCCCACCCACCACCUCCCCGCGCCCAGCAAGACCAACAACUGCGGCGCACUUGCCUUCCUUUGUGUAUUUUGGCUGCGGGCUGUGGGCUUUUGGUUGCUGACUUUCGGUUACCUGGCCCAAAGCGAAAAGGUAUCAGAGGUGCUCCGCUGCUCUUCCAGUUGGCCAAAAUGCUGUGGACCGUGCACUUGGACGGAGGACCGCAGCGGGUCAACCAUGCGGCAGUGGGCGUGGGCGACUUCAUCUACAGCUUCGGCGGCUACUGCACGGGCUACGAUUACCGUUACAACGAACCAAUCGAUGUGCACGCCCUGAACGCCCACACGAUGCGCUGGACCUUGGUGCCCCAGCAGCUGGACGCCGCCGGUGUGCCACUAAAGUAUCCGCUUGUGCCCUUCCAGCGCUACGGCCACACAGUGGUCGCCUACAAGGAGCGCAUCUACAUUUGGGGUGGCCGCAACGACGAGAACCUCUGCAAUGCGCUCUACUGCUUCGAUCCAAAGACUGCCCAGUGGUCGAGGCCCCAGGUCACCGGGUGUUUGCCGGGAGCACGGGAUGGCCAUUCGGCGUGUGUCAUCGGCAACAGCAUGUACAUCUUUGGCGGCUUCGUCGACGAGAUUAACGAGUUCAGCAGCGAUGUGCACUCACUCAAUCUGGACACCAUGGAGUGGCGAUACGUUCAGACCUUCGGUGUGCCGCCCAGUUACAGGGACUUCCAUGCGGCGGUGGCCUACGAGCAGGAGCGCAUGUACAUCUUCGGCGGACGGGGCGACAAGCACAGUCCGUACCACAGUCAAGAGGAGACCUACUGCCACGAGAUUGUCUACCUGGACAUGAAGACCAAGGUCUGGCAUCGACCAUUCACGGCCGGAAAGGUGCCCGUCGGUCGGCGCAGCCACAGCAUGUUCGUUUACAACAAACUGAUAUAUGUCUUCGGGGGCUACAACGGCCUGCUGGAUCAGCAUUUCAAUGAUCUGUACACCUUCGAUCCGCGCACCAAGAUGUGGAACCUAAUACGGGCCAAUGGCAAGGCGCCGACGGCACGGAGAAGGCAAUGCGCUAUUGUCAUGGGCACCAGAAUGUUCCUGUUCGGCGGCACCAGUCCGAGGAGUGGCACGUCCAGCUCACCGACAGCGGUUUCACCCACACAGGAGGCGGAGGACGCGACAGGAGCAGCCAUUGGAGGAGGUGCCGCUGCUGGCGUGGCGCUUAUUGACUAUAGCGAUCUGCAUGUGCUUGACUUUGAGCCCACUCUGAAAACCCUGGCCACGAUGGUGGUGCUUAAGCACCAGCUGGACAUCUCAGGGCUGCCGAGGAGCUUCCGCUCCGAUCUGCAGAUGCUAACGCAGCCGAACAGUAUUAGCCGGCCGAUCAACCAAGCCGGCUAGCAUCCAAAGCCGUAAGGAAUAAGCCUGAGUCGACUGCCACAAACAAAGAGGAGAGUUAGGAGAAGCAUCACUGAGCCACUAGUCCGGUUCUUUGUACUUGAAACGAAUUGAAGAGCAAGCUCGAACUACGUUUACGAGAAAAAUUGGAAAAAGAAGGACCUGAGAGGAUGAGAAAGAGAGAUAAGCCCAGUAAUUACAAGAGUUUUAGAAACUUGCUUUUGGUACUUCUGAUAGCUGCUAAAUAAUACACAAUAAUAUUGACUAUGCGAAUGAUAUUAUGAUAGAGAUGUAGUUCGUAAAACAUUUAUAAAUGUCCUUAAAUAAACCUCCAUUUACUUUA